AUGUACCAAACCAAUUUUGAACAAGUUUUUACCGAACGAAUACGAACUCAUCCUCGAGUAGCUUGGUUUGAUUCUUUGAAGGGUGGGUUGGAGUUGCUCUGGUGUUUUUUCCCCACCCCACCGCACAGUGUAACAAACUUUCCAAUUGGAAGACCCGAAAACCUGUCUUCGUCUACUCCAGCAGACGCGACAAAUACCGACUACGACGACCUCCACACCAUCGCUGCCGCCCAACGCCGCGAGCUCAUGGCCGCGCAAAUCCUCGAGUCCGACCUCGACCUCGCCUUCCGCCUCCAAAUGGAAGAAGCCAUCACCGCCUCCCUCUCCCUCCACCCCUCCUCCUCCUCUACCCCUCCUCCUCCCAAUCCGCCCCCCCAAAACGACGACGCCUUCAACCUCUCCGCCCUCCACACCGAAGAGCUCGACAAACUCGACCAAACCCUCCGCGACCUCCUCCUCACCGAGUCCGAAACGAACCGGGCGAGGGAAGACCUCUGCCGCCGGAUCCACGACUCCAAGCUGGCCCGGGAGAUCGAACGCAUGCCGGAGGAGGAGUGGGAGGAGCGCGGCGACGAGUUCGAGCGGCCGUUCGGAGAGGGAUCGUCGUCCGGCGAGACUUUUAGGGUUUACUUCAAGGGCUUGGUAAGCGAGGAGAGGGUGGGGGAUUCGGACGUGCCGUUGGCGGGGAUCGGCGUGGCGAUUUGUGACUCGAGGGACGGGUUGGUUUUCGAGCUGAGGAAGCCAUUGGUGGGGAUAGGGAGGAGCCGGCUUGUCGCCGAGGCUAGGGCCUUGAUCGAGGGAUUGAAUGCCGCCGUCGUGCUGGAUUUGAAGAGGAUUGUUUUGUGUUGUGAAUACUAUUCGCUCUUCCAAUUUAUUACUGGUCGAUGGCCUCCCAAGCAACGGAAGGUUGCAACAUUAAUUAGUCAGGUGACCCAACUUCGUAAGAAAUUUUUGAUCUCUGCCCCAUCUCAUGUGGCCCGAAACGAUAUCAAGUUUGCAUUUAAACUUGCACGAGAGGCAAUAGUAUCUCAGAUCAAGAGGCCUUCAGAACCUAGCGGUGCCAAUAGCACUUACGGGAACUGUGUAAUUUGUCUAGAGGAUAUGGAUAUUAGCCACAUUUUUUCUGUUGAUGAUUGCUCUCAUCAUUAUUGCUUUUCUUGUAUGAAACAACACAUUGAAGUGAAGUUACUCCAUGGUAUGGUGCCCAAAUGUCCUCAUGAGGGCUGUAAUUCCGUACUGGAAAUUAAUAGCUGCAGAAAAUUCUUGACCCCUAAAUUAAUUGAGAUGAUGAGCCAGCGCAUGAAGGAAGCUUCCAUCCCCGUCACAGAGAAAGUUUAUUGCCCCUAUCCCAAGUGCUCAGCGCUAAUGUCUAAAACUGAUGUUUUAGAAAAUUCUAAGAAGACGAUCAACACAAUUGUAGGCGUUCAACGAUCCGGAGUGAGGAAAUGCAUCACAUGUCAAGGCCUCUUCUGUAUCAAUUGCAAGGUUCCUUGGCACGACAGCAUGAGCUGCCAUGAAUACAAAAAGAAAAAUCCUUACCCCCCCGCAGAAGAUGCAAAGCUGAAGACUCUUGCAGAUAUGAAUCUAUGGCGUCAAUGUGUGAAGUGUAACCAUAUGAUUGAACUUGCUGCAGGAUGCUACCACAUGACUUGCAGAUGUGGGUAUGAGUUUUGCUAUACUUGUGGAGCUGAGUGGAAGAACAAGAAAGCGACGUGCUCCUGUCCACUUUGGGAUGAGGAUUACAUUUUAGAUGAUGAUGAUGAAGAAGAUGAUGACGACGACGACGACGACUAUGACUCUCAAGUGUCUGAAGUUGAUGACUUCUACGACUCUGAUUCAGAUUAUUAUGACAUUUGAUCACGCAGCUCGCGUGUAAUUGCAUCUACAUCGCUGCAUCAUUUGUUUCCGAAUGGCAACUACCUCUGAUUCACUCUCUUCUUUUGUGCAAAAAUAAGGCCUAGAUUAUAUGCGCCACUAUCAGUGCAGUCCACCGAGAUACACUGCAUCCCCUUGGUGCAUUGAUGCACCACAGGGAUCUUGUCCCCCAUUUUGUCGCUUCUCAUUGGUGGAUUACAAGUCGAUGUGGACCCGGUUUUACACCCACAUUUAUUGGAGUUUUCUGCUCGGGUCUUGGGGUCCAGAAUUGUUGAUGAAUUCAGGGCUUGUAUGUGUUCCUUGGAAGAGCAUGAAACCUACCGAUGAUAAUAGACUACUGGUCAGGGAUUGGGAAGUGAAUUCUAGGUGUGCAUUUGUAUAUUUUGUUUCUUGUUGCAUUGCUGCCUUUUGCUUUGUUGUAUUGACCUUCGAGGUCUGCUGGUUGUAGGACUAUGCGAGUUUUGGUU